UUCAAACUUCAAACAUUCAAACGAGAGGGGGGAAAACCCUAGACGAGCCCCCUCGCAACGGUCAGAUCCAUUCCUUCCUAUAUAAUCCCCUCGCCGCCGUCCCCCUCCUCCGCAUCUCACCUCCUGAUUCGCCAUCCACGCAAAUCCACCGCGCCACCGCCACGCACGCACCCGGAGGAGAAGGUAAGAGAAGGUAGGGGACGAGAUGGAGGCGGCGGCGGCCAUGGACUUCCACGCGCUCUCGCGCCGGGAGCUCCAGGCGCUGUGCAAGCGCAACGGCGUCCGCGCCAACAUGACCAACGCCGCCAUGGCCGAGGCGCUCCAGGGCCUGACCUCGGUCGACGGGAUCGACGAGAUCGGCACGACGCUCUGCCUCCCGACGCCGGGGAGGUCGGCGAUGAAGUCGGCGGCGAAGAUGGCGCAGCUGGCCGAGGAGGAGCAGCAGCACGGUAGCCCGCUCCCGCGCGGCCGCCGCGUGUCUGUGAAAUCGCCCGAGGCCAUCCGGAUGGAGGUCGAGGAGGGCGAGGACGAGAUGAAGCGGGAUCUGGUGAAGGAGAUCGUAAGGACCCCCGGCGUGGCGCUGCGCAGCACCAGCCGUCGCGCGCGGGGCACGCCCGCGCCGCUCCCCACUCCGGUGCCGGUGUCCAGCGCUCGCGCGACGACGAGGAGGGCCCCGGCGCGGAAGGCGGAGGAUGUGGCGCCGACCCCAGCCACCCUGCGGAGGAGCCAGAGGACGGCGGCUCAGAAGGCUGCGGCACCCGUGGAGGAGGAGCAACCCGCCGAAGAUGUGUCCGCGGCAAAGAGAGCGACGAGGUACACGAAAUCAAGAAUGACGAUGGCUUUAGACCAGGAAGAGGAGGUGGUGGCAGCCGCAUCGAAGGAGGAGGAGAAGGUGCAGCAACCGAAAGCUUUCGCCUCUGAUGUGCAAUGUGAUGACCCCGACAAGGACGAAGUUACCAAGCUCCUGGAAGGAGACAACAAAGAGGAGGAAGCAGAGGAGGGCCAGGAAGCUGAUUCUUCUGAUGCUGCCAUUGGGUCUGCAGUACCUUCAGAGAAGAUGGAGGAAGCGAUGGUUGUGAUGGAGGAAGAGGCCACCAAGCCCCAGGAAGGAAUUGUGGAAGAAAAGGAACAAACCAGUGUUGAGAAGCCUGCUCCCUUGGCAAACAUGGAGGAUUCACCAAUCCUAGGUGUCCUGUCCAAGUCUGAAGCCUCAGAACCUGUCAUUGAGAAGGCACCAGAUGCCACACUUGAAGAUGAUGAGGGCUGUGCUGAAUGGUCGCCUGUGACGAAGAUUGCUGAUGAGAUCGAUGCUGUCAUUGCAGAUAAGGAAGUGUCAGUCGAUGAGGAGGCCAUCAAAGAAGGUUGCACUUUCACUGGUGAGACUGAUAAUUCCCCUGAGGAGAUACUUCCCACUGCUGCAGAAGAAUAUAAGACCAGUGAGGACGAUGGCCUCACUGAGGUAAAAGAAGGGGCUGCUGAUGAGAUGCCUCAAGCUGGACUGGAAGAUGAUGAGACCAGUGAAGAAGAGAAGGAAGAUGACCUUCCUGAACUGAAAGGAGAGGCUGAUGAGAAGAUGCUGCAGGCUGAACUGGAAGACGAUGAAACAAGUGAAGAAGAGGAGGAAGAUGACCUCACUGAACUGAAAGAAGGGGCUGCUGCUAAGAUGCUGCAGGCUGAACUGACAGACGAUGAAACCAGUGAAGAAGAGGAGGAAGAUGACCUUCCUGAACUGAAAGAAGGGGCUGCUGCUAAGAUGCCGCAGGCUGAACUGACAGAUGACGAGACCAGUGAAGAAGAUGAGGAAUGGGCUUCAGAUGAUGCUGAGGCCUCUGAGGAAAUUAUUAACUCCUCUGAUGAGAGCGACGAAGAGGCUGAUGAGACCGAUGAGGAGACUGACACCGCUGAUAUGGUCCAGAUGCUGCAGGGAACUGUGAUUGCUGAAGAGGUCAAUGAAGAUGCUUCUACUGAAGAUGAUGAUUUCAGUGGUGACUUACCACCAGAGUUUGACCAUAUUGCAGUAUUCAAUGAUUCUGAUGCUGAGAGUGACAUUGCUGCUCCGGUGCUCGAAGAAAACCAGACCCUUGUUGCAUCUGCAUCCAAGACUGCUGUGAAGUCCCUGGAUGAUUGUGCCAUCACUGAAGAGCAGGAGCAGGAGGCUGAUGCUACUGAAAAAGCAAUGAAAGAAGUUGACACCAUUGUGAAGUCCCUGGAUGAAUUCACCAUCAAGGAGGGAGAAGCAAAGGAGGAGAUGCACAAGCUGCCGCUAGUUGAUGAUUUUGAAAGCAUGAGCCUGAGAAAGCUUCAGGCCACAUACAAGGAACGUCUUAUUGCUUCAAAGGCUGGGAAGGAGGCAGCCAAAGGGAAGAGGCUGCCGCUUGAGGAGGUGGAUGAGAAUGCCUGCGGCGACUGCUGAACGGCACAGGCGGAUAAGCGGGAAUCGAAAACUUUUGUGUGAGGAUGGCAUCUGCUGCGACGGGAUUGAAUAAAGGUUGCUCUGGUUGUGAAGUGAUAACUAGGCUACGGUUCAUUUCCGAAAUUUUUCGUGUGUGAGAGGAGGUCGUGGUCAGGUGUGAAACCAUGGUUUCAGCCAACCAACUUACAGUUUGUGUUGGUUCUAUCUUUUCUUCUUCUUCUUUGUUUUGUGUCAGUUACAUGGUUUAUUCAGUGGAUAUGGGGUGAUGAAUGAUGAGACUAUGGCAUCGGUUAACGUAUAUUAUGAAGGUCGUGAGUACCUCCAUUUUUGUCCGUGCUUUAA